AUGUCUUUAUUAUAUGAUUCAAAGACUUUAAUCCAACAAUUACGUGCUAAAUAUCUUGAAACUGUUAAUGAUGCUGUUGGAGAACGUGUAAUUGGUUCUAAAAAAUCGUACUUAAAUAAAAAAAAGUUAUAUGAGUCUGUAGAAAGUAUUGUUGAACAUGAGAACGAAACACCUUUGUUUAUGAAAGGGCGGGACCCUCUUUUAAAUGCUAAAGGGAUUGGUGCUGUAGAGAAUUAUAAAUUGGGUAAUACGUUUUAUUAUCAAAAAAGUGAUACAGAAAAAACUACAAAUCGCAAAUGUUUACAGGCAGAUCGAAAUUUUUUCCCAUUGUCUGCGAAAAUUGUAUCAAGUAUAGACGAAAGUGAUUCUGACGAUUCUCAAGUGUUAUCUACAAAUGGAUUUCAUUUGUCUCUUGAUAAGGGUAAAUUUAAGCCAAAAAGUGUUGAGAUUAUACGAAGGACUUCAAAAAAUGAUUUAAAUUCCAUGAUUAAUAAUCAUUGUUUAAUUUCAAGUAAUUAUAUAUUAAAUUUUGCAAAAAAAAAAACUGAUAUAGAAGAUCCUGAAAACAAGUAUACAGAUAAUUGUUCUAAUACUCAUUCAAAGGAAUUGAAAAGCAGUAGAUUAACAACGUCUUAUUCUAGUGGUGUUCUAAACAAAUCAUUAGAAAGUAUUUGUCCAAAUGAAUUAAGUUCUAUUUUAUCCAAUCCUGACACAAAUGAUGCGGAGGAUAUCUGUUUAAAUAACAUGGUUUUAGAAGAAACUUCGCCUAAUUUUUCUCAGGAAUCAUCUUCUACUCAGCUAUCUUCUAAAAAUUCAUCUUUAUUAACUAUCUUAAUAAAAACAGGGAAGAACGUACAAGUUAAUCCUCUUGAUAUAUACGCAUCUUUGUCAGGAAAAGGUGAUCUUAAUCCUUUAAAAUUGAAGAUAUAUCGUCCUUCUGGGAAGUAUCCAAAAAAACCUAUUUCUGUUGUUGUAAAACGUAUUGCUACUGUUGCUGAUGUAAUUGGAUUUUCUUUAUAUUGUUUUAUAGAACAGAAACUAGAGCCAAAACUGACUAACGAGCAAUUAAAUCCAAAUAUGUGGACUUUACGUAUUGUUGAAGAAGAUGGUGAAUUAGAUGAAGAUUUUCCAGCUUUGGAUAGGGUGAGAUUUUUGUCAAAGUUUGGUUUUGACGAAUUUGCUCUUGUAGAAGCUACUUCUGAACAAUUUUUAGAAAACGAAAAAAUAACACCAUUUAAUUUUAAAAUUAAUAUUGAACAUUUUAAUUCUCAAACAAAAAAUGAUUUAAACGAUACAUCUCAAAUUCUUUUUUCAUCCAUGCUUUCUAAAGAUAAAGCUGUUAUUGAAACUCCUGAAUCUUUUAUACGUUUAAAAGUAUUACUUUAUCCUCGAAUACAAUCUUUAAAGAAUUCAAUUUUAUAUGUUACUAACGAAACAUAUAUUGGUAAUGUUUUAGAUGAAAUAUGUAGAAUAAAUAAUUUAGAUCAAACUAAAUUUAUUUUGCGUAUUGCAGAGACUAAUACACCUUUAUCAAACGAUUGUAAAGUCUAUGAUUUAAAAAAUCAAUACGAAUUAGAAUUAAUUGAACGAAGUUAUUUUAUGAUACCUAAAUUUGAAAGGUUUUCAAAUAUUGAACGUAUUGGUAUGUUCAAAAAAAAAGAAAUGAAAAUUCUAACAUAUGCUUUUUAUAUAGGAACUACAAAUGAAAGAAAUAAAUUAAAGAAAAUGCCUGAGAAUAAAAAUCAUGCUGCUUUAGAUAGAGCAAUAAACAAUUCAUAUGAGAAAUAUAUCGUUUGGAGACGUCAAUCUAUGUCUUUUAUGGGACGUCAUGAACGUAUGUUAGUAAUUGAUGGUGAUUAUAUUUAUAUUAUGCCACUGGAACAAAAAACUUUUUUUGAUACCCCUAAAACGUUAAGUAUUCAUACGAGUACAAUUGUGAAUUGUAAACAAACCGAUAAAUUAUUAACUUUUAAUUUUACUGUUAUGAAGUCAAAAGAAUUAAAGAAAUAUGAUUUUGAAGCAUCUUCAAAAGCAGAAGCAUCUUUGAUUGUUGCAAAAAUUAAUGCAUUGAUUAAUUCUACUGCUUAUUCAUCUACAAAGGUCUAA